AGUAAUUUACAAAAUGCGUUAUCCUAUUGUUUUCGUAUUUGUAUUUUGCUUGUUGAAGCACGCUACAUCUCAAUGCAUUGGAACGACAUCUUUACGAAACUUUUCACCAGCUUGGCAGAACACAAAUCUAUACCCUUACAAUCAACCUAUUUGUUCACGGCCAGUUUACAAUCCAACUACUUACGUCACAUCUGACAUUCUAAAUGUACCGGUACCGUGUGAUUAUGAAGUACCGUACGGUGGGUAUGGGGAAGGUUACGUAGAUAUUCUUGGAGAAUUACCGGUACAAGGUUCAACACAUAUCAACGGUCAUGUACCCGUUCUCGGUAUGGCCACAUUUAGCGGUAACGUACCGGCCAGUGGUAUAAUCACUAUUACUGGUAAAUGUGGCUGUGGAUGUGAAUGAUUGUAACGUAUUGAUGGUAAUGUUUCUGAUUGUUAUUAUAUUAGUAAUGAUUGUAGUAUUUUGUAGAUUAUCUGACUGAAAUUUUUAAAGUUUCUUGAUGUUAUAGCCUAAUGAUUUAUCAAUUGCUCCACUAAUAACGUAAUACGAGCAGAUAGAAGACUCAUGUUUUUAUGUUGUGUAAUUAAGAAGU